AUUGCCAGUUGCCAUGUCUAAAACUAACCUCAACGCGGAAGAAUUUCGAGUGGUUAGUUAUAAAAAGUCAAAAAUUAAACGUACUGUUGUUGUUGAUACAUUAAUAGCCACGAUUAACGAGCCUCUAUCUUCCGUAACUUUCAAUUUGGAAAAUUAUUUAAGAAGAAUAGAAGCAGCAAAACAGGAACUAAUCCCAUCCGAUUUAUAUUCAUCCGUUUUGGCAUCUUUGCGGGAGAGUUUUCAAAUUAUAAACAUAAUAAAAAUAAAAGAAAUUGUGUGCUUUGGUUUAGGUAGAAUCGGUGAGUGUAUGAUUGCGAGAUACCAACUAGCUCUAUUAUUGCUCAUAAAAGAUUUAUAUAAUGCUAAAGUAGUCGCAUAUGACCCCAUAUUCACUGAUAAUGAUAGUGAAAUUCUGAAAAGCUUAGGAAUUAGUGUAUUACACGGCAAUAUCGAAGGCAAGUAUAAAUUGUCAGAGAAAAGUGCUACGUUAUUUUAUCUACCUCAUUGCCCCAAACAAUUGACCAAUAAUUUACUAUGGGCAAAUUGGGGCAUGGUUUUAAAUUAUUGCGUUAUAAUUUCGAAUAGCUUUACUAACGUAAUUGAAUCUAAUUCUAAACGGCAUAUCGAAAAAAAUGCAGAUUACAUUCUGAAUAUAUCUCCCUUUGUCACUGAAUUACCUAUUAUAAAUUCCUUUAAAUAUUAUGAUAUUUUUAAUGAUCUGGCAAUACAUAUUUUUGCUUUAGAAAAUUUAAGCCUAAUAUCUCAAGAUUUAUGGCAGUAUCAUAUCGAACCAGUAUACACUGACGAAGACCUCGAAUUUGUAAAAAACAAAAUAUACGAAGAUUAUCUGAUUGAUAUUUUUGAAAGAUGUAUGCUAAUAGCAUUAAAACCCUCAGACAAAUCAUUCACGAACUACGGCGCGCUAUUCCGCAAGGAAACCUGAAGGAUAAUUUAGCAAUUCGCUACUUGUUCGAUCAGUACCGUCUCUUCAACAUGACCGAUCAACAAAUUUGUAAAGCGAAAGAUGAAGUCCUUUUUGCUGCCAAUACUUAUUUGUGCUACUUACGCAGCAGCCGAAUCCAACAAGAAAUACA